GACUAUAAACCUCAUUCGCACAUGCAGUGCCUACUACGACGUACAUGCACACACUCGUGUAUGCAUACAACAGCAGCGGCAGCGAUAAAAAGUGUAACGACGCGAUGAAAGAGGCGUGCGCAAUUCAGUCUUCAUUCAGAGUCGUGUACGAGCACACACGGCACACAAAAGCAGCAUCAUGAGAUACAUCGCGGCCCUGGACGUCGGCACGACAACCAUAAGAUGCCACAUACUCGACGAGAAGGGCCAAACCGUAGCAGCUGCCUCGGAAAAGGUGAAGCUGUUGUACCCCCAGGCCGGUUACGUGGAAAUCGAUCCCGACUGGUUAUGGAAUGCCGUGCUACGCGUUGUUCAACAGAGCUUGAAAGAAAGCGGCUUAAAAGCUUCACAAAUCGAGACACUUGGCAUAUCAACUCAAAGAUGUACUCUUAUCACUUGGAAUGCUGAAACCGGUGUUCCCUAUCACAAUUUUAUUACGUGGAAGGAUUUGAGGGCAAAGGACUUGGUAAGCGAAUGGAACCGCUCGUUUACGAUGGGUGCAUUACGAUUAGGAGCGAAGAUACUCUACAGAUUGUCGCGCAACAAACGAUACCUGGCGGCUAGUUGCUUGCAAUUCAUGAAUACGCAGAUGACGCUGCGCUUGGUGUGGGCAUUGGAAAACAUCGACGGCUUGAGAAAAGACGCUGAAAAUGGCAAGGCAGUUUUCGGCGGUGUGGAUUCUUGGCUCCUUUACAAAAUGACAGGCAGACACGUGAUGGACGUGUCCUCGGCCUCUGCCACGGGCUUGUACGACCCGUUCACGAUGGAGUGGGGCGUUUGGGCGCAGAAAUUAUUCAAUUUGCCGGUAACCAUUUUCCCGAAAGUCGUCGAUACGUCUGGAGAUUUUGGAAAUGCAACGGCCGAAUUAUUCGGUGUCGAAGUGCCGAUUGGAUGCUCUAUGGCCGAUCAGUCGGCAUCGCUUUACGGAUCCGCCUGUACGAAGUUCGGAGACAUCAAAUUGACAAUGGGUACCGGCAGUUUCUUGAAUGUCAAUACCGGUGACGAGCUUCGUGUAUCACUUUCCGGACUGUAUCCUCUUCUUGGUUGGAAAAUUGGUUCAGAAAAGGCUUACAUUUUUGAAGGUGCAUCGAACGAUACAGGAGCAGUCAUUGAGUGGGCGGGCUAUGCAGAAUUCAUCAGAAAACCAGGAGAUUUGUUUGACUUGGCUAAUUCGGUCAAAGAUUCCGAUGGAGUCUACUUCAUACCCGCUUUUAGUGGUCUGCAAGCUCCGUUCAAUAAUCCAAAAGCUGCUGCAGGUUUUAUCGGUAUCAAACCCACCACCGAAGUGGCACACGUGUUCCGGUCUAUGCUAGAGAGCCUAGUAUUCAGAGUAUUACAGAUUUUCGAAACGAUCGAGCGAGAAACCAAACUAUCCUUCAAAACUAUCAAAGUCGACGGAGGCGUAUCGAAUAACGAAUUCGUCAUGCAGCUUCUGGCCGAUUUGACCGGUGUGGAAGUUGAGCGUAGCACUAGUACUGAAAUGUCAAUUUUAGGCACGGCAUUUUUAGCCGGACUUCAUCAAGGAAUUUGGAGCGACAAGGAAGAUAUAACGAAAUUGCGAAAAGUUGAAAGAGUAUUUGUACCAAAUAAAGAGGUACGCGCGGUUUACGAAAAUGUAUACAGAGACUGGAAGAUGGCUGUCCAAAGGUUCAUUGAUUGGUACUGACACUGACACACUGCCAAGACGCGCUUGUGAAGUGCGUUUCGUUAAUAUAGAAAAAUGUGAUUAUUGUACUAUUGUAUGUUUAAGUGCCUUACAAAAAGUCUAGACAAAAAUGUAUUAAUGUAAAUGCUGAAUGUAAAUUUUGAUACGUUUUCACGAAAAAUGUUACUUAGAUUUU